UGUAAUAAAAGGGAAGUGUUGAAAGUGAGAUAAUGUUACAGUGUGGUGGUGGAUGACACAACUGAGAGCUACCAAUGGUUUUACCUUCUUCUUCUCUCUCCCUUUCCUUCUUCUUGCCCACUUCUACACUUCUUCCUAAUAACCUUAUCUUCAGAAACAACAACAGGGCUAUCUUUAACCCACACAAUUUCCCAUUAUCAAAGGAAAGACUACGUUUUUCAUGUUGUGCUCUAAAACCCACUUCGCAAAACAGGGUUUUUAGAAGGGAUUUGGUGUUGUUAGGCUUGACUUCGGUUUCUCUAAGAUGGCCACUUUCAGUGGCUCUUGCUGAAGAAGAGCCCACAAUGGCUUCGUUUUUAGAUGAAAUAAACGCCUAUUCUUAUCUGUACCCUGUUGAGUCGCCUUCCAACAAUAUUUCCCUCAAAUGGGUAGAAUCCCGAAAGCCAGAGCGAUAUUCAUCAGCUGCACCACUUUCUCCUGAUGCACGCCUGCGCAUUGUGUCCGAGCGUGUAGACUUUAUUGAUAAUGUCAUCAUUUCUGUCACGAUAGGUCCACCAAAUGCAAGCUAUAUAAAAUCAAAGGAUAAGAGUACAUGGACUGCAAAAGAUGUUGCUGAUUCAGUGUUAGCUGACAGAUCUUCACUGCGAGUUACGUCAACUCAGCGUUUAGAAGAGAGUUCGGUUCUCAAUACCCAUUCUAGUGAAAUUGAUGGUGAGAAGUACUGGUAUUAUGAAUACCUUGUUCGUAAAGCACCUUUGAGACUAACUGAUGAAUCAAACACUUACCGGCAUUAUCUUGCUUCAACAGCUGAAAGAGAUGGUUAUUUGUACUCUAUCAGUGCUUCAACCAUCAGCCCACGGUGGGAAAAGCUGGGGCCUUUCCUUGAAAAGGCAGUGGGUUCAUUUCGUCUCCUUAGUCCAACGGAAAAUUAUGUUCCUCCCUACAAAGAUCCCUGGAGAUUUUGGUGAAAACUCCUUUUAUUUUAUCGUAUUCAUGUGAUUUUUUAGGCAUGAAAAUUAUGUUUCAUUUAAUUGUUGGUCCAAAAAGGCAAAUUGAAAUAGAUUCUCUGAAAGAGAUGAGCAGAACAUGAGGCCUUCUAUUUCUGUUUUUUCUAUUCUUUUUUAUCAUUCCUAAAUGUACUUUAACAUCGUUUAUUUAGCAAUCCCAUUUAGAUAAUAAAACAGAGGUUUUAAAAUCUUAAUUUUAACUGAUUGUGUUACUAU